GAGGAGAGGACUGCACGCUUGUUCAGUGGUGACGGACAGGAAAAACAGAGACUCUGAGUGAGGCCAGAGGGGUUCAUCAAACCCUGGAGAGCAGGGAGGUUUUAGAUCCUGUGACCUGUUCCCCACUGAGGACACACUGAUCCAGGUGGAGGUACCGGGCCUUAGCUCCCAGGACCAACCUCCAGGAUGUCCCGGAGGAGGUCUACAGGGGACCUGGUGCCCAGGGACAUCACUGAGAUCUUAGCCCGUGAGGCGAGGGUUCAGCGUGGGCAGAAGAAGCCGGGGAGCUCCCUGGGACAGGCCUUCAGCUGGUUGAAGGGGAGCCGCAGGAAGAAGAACCUCGGCAACGGGCUGAACCGGACUGGGAUUGGUGUGACGGACGCCAAACUUCAGAAUCACGACCCUGCUAAAGCUGGCCCGAAAGGGAAUGAAGACCACAAGAGGUUGACCGUCCACUACAGGACCUCCCAGCACUACCAGGAGAAUGUUUUCAUUGAGGGCAGCAGGCCACAGUACCUGGAGGACCUGCACACCGAGGCCCAGGAGGGACUCAAGAUACUGCAGCAGGAAGAACACACAAAUGGAGUGAACUUUCCUGACAAUGAAAGCGUUGCUUCCACAGACACUCUGCGUCCGGAGCAGGAUAUCAGCUCCAAGGACGGAGGACGUGGCUCUCCGGAGUCGAGAUCCACCACCGGGAGUACUGAUACCACAGUCACCUCUGCAGCAGUGUCGACCAGGCCUGUGCUCACCCGCCAGGGUUCUACAUUCAAGCCUCUGAAUCCAGUGAAAAGACUAGAUAAGAGCAGGAAGAGGAGCAGGAGGACCACCAUCAUGGGUAUUCCCAAUCAGGUCCAAAAAGAGCUUGCAUUGCACAGAAGCUCCACCUUCCAGCAGCUUGUUUCUACCCCUGACCAUGACGGACAGCUCAGUAACAGCCAAUCAGGUGUUGUUAUCAUUCCUACGGUGGAUGGAGGGACUCCAGUAGCGAAUAAGGAGGGAGCGAGGGUGCACCUUUCAGAGCUGGAGGCCUCCAGGGACGAACAGCUGCUGAGGAAGCACAUCCAGGCUAUGUACCAAAACGAGCAGCCCUUUAACCACCAGGGAUUUGGCUCCUAUCUUGGUCCCACUCCCAAUCUAAGACCCAAGUCCCUUGCGGUACCUGGAAUGAUCACUUCCUCCUCCUUUUGUCCUUCAAUGAUGUUAGGCUUCCUCCAGGAACCGCAGGGUCCUGUGAUGUCCAUAUCUCCUCAAGCCACCUACUUGUCUACAAUCAUCCCUAAUGCGGUCUUGCCAUCCUCGGUUGAAGUCAUAGAGAUUGACCGCAGCAGCAGCCGGGCGCGUGGCAGCAGUGUGAACCAUGGCGGUAGUGUCCGCACUGUCAGCAAAAGCAGCCUUACAUCCGGAGACUUAUCAGUCAGCCCUUUGUUGUCCAAAAGAUCCGAUGGAGAUGGCUCCCAGACUGACAAUUCCCAAAACGACUCCACACUGAUGCCCAUGUCAGCGUCAGGGUCAAACUGGAGCGAGUCACAGUCUUCAAAGACCAUCAUGUCUAACUCCUCCCCAGUAUCUUCUAAAGGGAGCACACGUAGUGGUAGUUCACAGAGAGGGGGUCUGAAUGGGCAGGAACACAAGACAGAAGAGUCCAGUGGAGACCAAGACCUCGUCAGUCUCCGUAGCUCAGUUAGCAUGAUUAGCAGCUCCAGCAGUAAAAGGGAAAAUGCUGUUUCAUGCCAAGGAUCUGAGGGUGAUGUUUCAGGGUCUGCUGGGGACGAUGCAAAGACCAGACGGAAUUUCAAUCGUCUGUCGGUUAUGAAGACCAAGCAACCUCCGGCACCUCCACGGAGAACAAACUCUCUGCAUGGUAAUAAGAUCAGGAGCAACUGCAGGGUUCUGGUGGAGCUCAAUGACUCUGUGUCCAAAGAUGUGGCAAAUACGACAGAAAAUACUGUAGGAAAGGAUGAGAUCAAAUCAGUCAGUGCAGACACCAGUAACAUCCCCACCCCUGUAUCAAACUCCACUGGGUCCAGCUGUCUAGAUGCUUCCUCCAGUUCUUUGAGCCCCACACAGGCCUCUUCCACUGAGGCAGGAGGAUCAACACCUCAGCCAGAAUCCAGCAGCUCCUCCCCACAAAAAACUCCCUCGGAAGGGGGUAAAUUUGAACGGACCAUGUCCCCUUCGAGUGGCUACUCCAGUCAGAGUGGCACUCCAACACUCUCCCCAAAAGGGAUCACCCCAACCUCCCCUGACAAACACAAGAAGAAACCUGUCAAACCAGAGAGAUCAGUGUCCCGGCCCUCGUCCUCAGCAGCUUCUCCUUCCUCCUCUCUGACCUCUUUAUCGUCUGGUACAUCAGAGCUUGUCAAUCCAGAUGUUUCCACAUGUAGCUCCAGUCUGCUUCCACGGGGAUCUCCACCCACUGUUGCCGCAAAAGAUCCCACUCCGAAUAGUAAUUCUUCGACUUUGGCAGUUCAAGUCAGAGAGUUGUUGAACAUCCCGCCACCUCCCAAAGUCAAAGCGCCAUGUCCACCUCCCCCAGAGACUUGGGUUCACAACAGACGCACCUUUCAGCUCCUGUGUGGGCCUUGCCCUAAUGUCAGCACAGUAACCCAGAAGCAAGACUGCACAGUUAAACAAGCAGGAACUCAGACUGAAGACAGCAAUGACAUGCAAGUUUUAGUUGAAAAACAAUCAACGGAAGAUGAAUCUGUCCCAGGAUUGUCUGAAAGCAAAGCAGAGCCUGAGAUUUUGUCAGGAACAGGUCCUGAAUGUGUUCAGAAGGAGAUGGAGAACAGGGAAAGUCCAAGUUCCGAACAAGAGAGGAUAGAAGCAAGUGCAGACGUUCAGAAACCAGAGCAGUGUAGUCCCCUUGUAGUGAAGAACCCUGAGACUCCAAAGAAAGAUCCUCCUCCUGUCAUGAAGAAACCCAUGACAGUACCUCACAGAGAGGAACUGGCCUCAACAGAACAGUCAGUGGACAGACAGCAAAAGGAAACAAGUAGCAAUGCCACAACAGAAGUUAAUUUACCUGUUGAGAACCUUACAGCCUCCUCACAGAGCGGGGUUAUCAUUUUAGUUGAUAACAAUGACAAUGAGAUAGACAAAAGUGAGGUCACAUCCAUGCAGACGCUUUCUGUAGAAGUUCCUAAAAUUAGUAAGUCCUCGCCACCUCCGACCCCUCCCCCUGCAUACCACCCUACACCUCCUCCAUCAAGAAAGACACCUCCUUCAUCAGUGUCCAUGCCAUCAGAAGAGCUACAGAGGGUACAGGAGGAGACCCACGUUGUAGACUCUUGCUGGCCCCCUCCUCCGCCUCCUAUGGAAGGGGACUCUGUGUUUGAUGGAGGUGAUGAGGUUGACUUUCCUCCACCUCCUCCUCCCUUUGUGACAGACAGUGUGCCAAAUGUGAUGGACAGGUCUAUCACAGAGCCGGACGCCUCAAAGAGACCCACAGAGGAAGUCGGAGAGGUGAUUGAGGAUUUGAGUGAAGCUGGGACAUCUGUCCCAGGGACAGUUUUGUCUCUUGCUGUUCCACAAACAGUAUCCAACACUAAAACAGAGGUUGUCGUAGUUUCAAAAGCAAACACAGAUGACAGGAUUGUUUCGGACAGUGUUCCACCUCCGCCAGUGGAGGCACCUCCUUUGCCACCCAUUACAAGAGUAGAGAGCCCAGUACCAGUCUCUGUUUUAGUUCCUCCCAGCAUGCUCCUGAAGAGAGACUCUCUGAAAAUUGAAGAUCAGUCCUCCUCCGAGCUGCCCGUCAGCGCACUUCCUCAAAUAACUGUCCCAGUAGCACCCCCUUUACCAGCAGAUAAUUUAACCCAUGGGGUUAAUUUCAGAAGGCAGCCAAGUGUGCAAAACCGUGACGCCAGGAGCAAGGAGCUCCUUUCUCGCCACAAAAGUGCACCCAUUCCCAAAGAGGAUGCUAACAUACCUCUGGUCACCCCCUCCCUGCUUCAGAUGGUUCGUCUCCGAUCAGUCAACAUGACUGAAGACCAGGUGAAAGCUCCAUCGGAGGACAAGUCAACAAUCCAAGGAGCUUCAGUUGAGGAGAAUUGCCCCGUGUCAAUCCCAGGACCUCAAAGCACUCCACAGAAGCCCAUCCGCAAGUCUCUAUCACUAAAAUCUCCCCCUCAGACAGUAAAGACAUCCUCUGUGACAGUGAAUACACCUUCCAUGCGCUUACAGGAAGCCAUACGUAUGAAAACCGCAGCCAUGUCUUCAAGAGAUGGCCUUCCCUCCCGACUGGGUGUGAGAGCUUCUCCUUACAGCUCUGUGGGUGAACAAGGGGGUCUGUAUUUGAAAUCUCCUGAGGGAUGUGACAUGCACAAGUCCCCAGCCUCUACCGCCAGCUUUAUCUUCUCCAGGAGCACAAAAAAGGUCGUCAUAGAGACUGCAGCCGCCUCCUCCCCUGAAGCUCAGGCAAGUCUGAAGCAAAGCUUGGCGGCCGAGCUCAUGCAGGUGUCUGACCAAUCGAAGGCUUUCUCUAAUGGUGGGGUGAAGUUGGAUAAAGUUCCUCCACCAGUUGCAAAGAAACCAGCGCAGGGAAGCGUCAGUCCUCAGAAUCUUCCUGCUUGUUCAGCAAAGAUGGACUUCAGUGUAGACGGAAAUGGAGCAAUAGGAGGAGUGCAGCAUAUGAGUGGAAUAACACAUCCAGAGACUACAACUACAAGAGUGACAGCGGACACAAUUGAAACACUGUUUUGAAAGAGAGUUGAACCAGACGGAUGCCAGAGGAACAAGCAAGUCAAACGGACAACCCACAGAGAGACGUUUAACUCAACUAUCAGAGUGUUAUGUGAGAAGUCUUCUCCAAAAAAGCCUUAGCCUGUAAUGGCCUUCCUUCAUAUUUAUGCAAAAAAAAUGUGUCGCUCCCAAUUUCUUAUGAUAGCUUUAUUGUGGAGUAUUUUUCUAAGCUAUAGUUUAUCUCUUAUUAAGGCCCCUCAGGAUGAAAUAGAGUACGUUGGCUGAACUGUAAAUAUUUGGCUUGUGUGAGAUCGCCUCCCAGAGGUAGAAGUAGGUAGUGGUCACUGCAGCACAGAGGAAAAAAAGAUUUGUCUUGACAAAGCAUUUCUGUACAGAGGUUUACUAUCUGUUAGGUCUUUUUUUCUUGUUGUAAUAUAAGACAUUUUCAUGGCAACUUAAGCAGGUGUCAAAAAGAGCUGAUGUUGCAUUAUCAGCAUUUUAUCACCAUGCAGAUCUGAGUAAAAACAAAUAGUCACUCAGUUUCAGCCCUGCUUUUCACCUAGUGGGUAGAAAUAUCUGGAAUAGAAAAAGGGAUGCUGCAUACUCAGAAUAAUGAGAUAUUUUGUCAAUUAAGAGGCACUUUUGUAAAGCUACACAAGACUCAACACAGGAGCGCAUCUGCUAGAAUGUCAAUUAGAUGCUUCUUCUACACAAUCCUGGGUUAAGUUAAGGUCAACACAUUCUGGGGAACCUUUUAGAGAAACAGUAACACGAGCAUCCUAUUUAUUUAUGUGUGGUUGUUUCCACUUGUAGCACUGUCAGUCACCUUUUCCUACCAAAUAUGAAAUAUUUAAGAAUCUAUUUCAUCUGGCAAACCACUCUGAGGGCUAUGGAUGUGAUGACUGGCCCUGGAUGAUCGAUACACUGGAGUAGACUUAGUGAGAGUCGGUGUUUUUAUUAAAUGUUCUGUAUCUAAAACUUUGGCCCUUUUUGGAGGAAAAUCCAACUCAUCACUAUUUGCACAAAAUGCUCUCCCCCAGCAAAAUCAUGGUGAGUGAAUUAUACU